AUCAAGAAAAGAACAAUCUAUGGUUUUAUUGUGACAAUGCUUACCCAUUAUUCUGUGUUCUUGUUUGAUUAAUGGGAGAAAACUCCUUGGGAGCUGAAUAAUCAUGAGAAAAUUGAGGCUGCUGGGAAAAAGAAAGAAGAAGGCAAUAUACCAUUUAAAUUUGGGAAGUAUCAACAAGCAGCAAAGAAGCUCAGAUUAUGUCAAUGAAGAUGUAUCCUUUGGGGAUACAGAGGAAAAGCUAGUAAAAGCAUUAAAGGUAUCUUGCUGGUUGAAUGGUGCAGCAUGUAGCAUCAAAUUAAAAGAUUUUCAGGAAGCGAUCAAGUUAUGUUCCAAGAUGCUAGAUGUCGAGUCCUACAAUGUUAAAGCUCUUUACAGACGAGCACAAGCCUUUAUGGAAAUUUCAGAUUUAGUUUUAGCAGAAUUGGACGUUAAAAAGGCACUUGAAGCUGAUCCUCAAAUAGCCGAGAGCAACAAGAGAGAUGCAAAACUGUAUUCAAACAUGUUUGCACGAAUGACAAAAGACUCAUCCACAACCACCAAGAAAAUGAAGCUUGAGAAGGCAGAGAAUGAGAAGCAGGAAGAGGCGGCAGCAAUGGAAGUGGAAACCAAUACUGAUAAUUCAGCGGCACCUUCUGAAAAAUGAGCCAAGGGCCAAAGAAUGGAAAUAUCUAAUACAAUGGCCUGCUCAGCCUUACUCUGUUUAGUCCUUCUGUCACAAGUUUGCUCAGGGCUUGCUAUCUCUGCUUCAGCAAUCAAGUUUCUUCCUGGAUAUGAAGGGCCUUUGCCAUUUCAUCUCGAAACUGGGUAUGCGGGUGUGGGUGAAUCAGAGGAAGUGCAGCUCUUUUACUACUUUGUUAAAUCAGAGAAAAAUCCUGAAGAAGAUCCUCUCCUGCUUUGGUUAACUGGUGGCCCAGGCUGCACUGCCUUCUCAGCUUUUGCUUAUGAAAUUGGUCCACUGAAUUUCAAGGUAGAGGAGUAUAAUGGAAGCGUACCUAAGUUGACGUUGAAUCCAUAUUCAUGGACAAAGGUGGCCAGCAUCAUCUUUGUAGAUUCACCUGUUGGCACCGGAUUCUCCUACUCCAGAAAGCCUCUUGCCUCUCCCAGCGGUGACUUCAAGCAAGUUCACCAGCUCCACCAAUUUCUAAGGAAGUGGAUUAUAGGUCAUCCUGAAUUCAUCUCAAGUCCAGUCUACGUCGGCGGAGACUCAUAUUCCGGCGUAAUUGUUCCAGCGCUCCUCCAAGAAAUCUCUUAUGGAAAUGAAGAACAACAUAUCAGUCCAUUGAUAAAUGUCAAGGGAUACAUACUAGGGAACCCCAAACUGAAUUCAAGUCUUGAAAGCAGCUUUGAGAUCCCAUUUGCUCAUGGAAUGGGACUCAUUUCUGAUGAACUCUAUGAGUCUUUGACAAAAAGCUGUGGGGGAGAAGAAAAAAGAGAUGUAGAUCCCAGCAACAUCGAGUGCUGGGAAAAUCUUCAGUAUUACUACAAGUGCAUUUCAGGAAUUCAAAUUGCACAAAUACUGGAACCCCUGUGCGGUUUUGCCCUCCGAAAACAACCAGAGAUGUCAGGCAAAAGACGCUACCUCCAUGAGCUGCUACUCGAUCCAGAACCGCCAAUACCUCUUGAUUGUCGUACUUAUGGAUAUCUGCUGGCUGGUUAUUGGGCUAAUGAUGAUAGUGUCCGCUUUGCACUGCACAUAAUAAAGGGAAGUAUAGGAGAAUGGCAGCGGUGCAAGUCUGGAUUGUUUUAUGAUUCUGACAUUCCAGACAGUUUCCAGUAUCAUGUAAACCUCAGUACCAAAGGCUACCGUGCUUUAAUUUACAGUGGUGAUCACGACAUGCUCGUACCAUUCAUGUCGACUCAAGCUUGGAUAAGAUCUCUGAACUAUCCUAUUGUUGACGAUUGGCGGCCAUGGAUUUUAGAAGGGCAAGUUGCAGGAUACACGAGGACGUACUCCAAUAGGAUGACAUUUGCAACUAUUAAGGGUGGAGGGCACACAGCUCCAGAGUACAGGCCAGCAGAAUGCCAAGCUAUGUUUGACAGGUGGAUAUCUCAAGAACCCUUGUAAACUUAUGCCGAGCAUGGAAAGACGUUAUAUUUUGGGUCAAGAAAGAAAAUGACAAGCCAGAUUCAAGCGGUAAGCAUUACCAUGAGAGUUUCUUGAGAAGAACUUUAGCACUUCAUCAAUAAUUAUGACCUGCAGAUUGAGAAUAGGACAUAAGUACACCACUCGAUAAAGACAUCUAGGACAUGUAAUAGUAAGCAAUAGCAUAAGGUGGAGGGGAAUUAAAUAGAAUGAAUUAAUUGACAGCAAUCUUAUGUUCUGAAUGCAUGAAGCAAGUAAUCUUCGUGGCAUAUACUUGAAACAUGAACUUGUAUCAGUUGGACACUAUAUAUAAACAGCACUUACAGGG